GUCUUCAUAAGACCAUCCAUCCGAUAUAAAGCAGACCACAUGAUAUUUAAUAGUUUAGUCUGAUAUUGCAAGUCAUUUCACCGGUUGGUGUGCAUUUAUUUUAUCGUUACGAGAAACUCUAUCGGUUUCGAUUUUAUUUUUCCAGUAAACAUUUUUAACAACCUUUUAACUUUUUGACAAUUUUUUUAUUCUAUGACAUUCCAUUAUAUUACACGUCAGAAACUUAUUUUAAAAAGUGAAACGUAAUCUGCAGCUAAAUAUUUAAUUUAACAUGAAAAUUACGUGGUGCGCCUCACUUGUGUUAUUACUUGGACUAGCAUCCUUCAGCCAUGGGGCUAACAUCUUGUUUUAUUUUGGAGUGUCAACUUAUAGCCACCGCAUCACAGCUUGGCCCCUGGUAGAAGCUCUUGUAGAGAAAGGCCACAAGGUAACUUUCCUUCAGGCCGCGGAAAACAAGAAUCCCAAUCCAAAAGUAGAAGAGCUUGUUCUCAAUGACACCGUGUCCGUGGGGGCGAUGGAUUUCUUGGACAUGAAGCUAAAGUUUGGAAGCAUGAUGAUGCCGAUUCUAGUUCACAUGCUGCCAGAACUCGGGGACAUGGCAUGUCGUGCGACCUUAAAUGACCCUAAAAUGCUGACAUGGAUAAAUUCUCACAAGGUGGAUGUGGUUGUGAUCGAUAGUCUUUUCAACGAUUGUGCGCUUGGACUCGCGUACAAAUGGAAUGCACAAGUGGUCAUAUUUGGAACAAGUACCGUUUUCGAAUGGUGGGCUGACGACUAUGGGUUUCCCGCGGAAACUAAUUGGAUUGCGGACACGCACUUCGGCCAGAAUAUGCCGCUUUCCUUUCUGGGAAGAGUGUUUUCUACGCUCAUGACUCUACAUAUGAGAUUAAUGAAGAAUGUUUUUUUGUAUCCGAGACUGGAAGUAAUGCUGAAAGAGAAAUUAAAUAUGCCGGAGAUGCCAUCCCUGGCAGAACUGAACUCUAAACCCAGUUUGGUGCUAAUGAACACCCAUUUUAGUGAAGAAUUGGCCCGAUCUCUACCUCCCUUGAUAAUUCCGGUUGGGGGCAUGCACUGUACUGAUAAACUCCAAAAAAUUCCCCAAGACAUGGAAAAAUUCAUUAACGGAUCUGGUCCAGAGGGUUUCAUUUACGUUAGUUUUGGGAGUGAAAUAAAAGUAGUAAGCGGUCCGAAAUAUGUGCGAGAUGCAUUUUUCAAUGCGUUCAGAAAUUCAAAGGCACGUUUCAUCUGGAAAUGGGAUGGACCAAGGCCUGAUGAUAUGCCACCAAAUAUAUUUAUUGCCUCUUGGAUCCCCCAACAGUCGCUUUUGGCACAUCCUGCAAUAAAAAUCUUUAUCACGCAUGGGGGACUGUUAAGCAUUCAAGAAGCCUUAUAUCAUUCUGUCCCAAUGAUCAGUUUUCCCGUUUUCGCUGAGCAAGAUUACAAUGCUGAGAGAGUCCACCGAACAAAACGUGGAAUACGACUUGAAAUCACAUCAGUCACUCAAGAACAAAUUGAAGGAGCAGUACAUGCAAUUUUGACUGACGACACGUAUCGAAAGAACGUGAAAACCGCCUCAAGACUAUUUAAAGAUCGGCCUCAGAAGCCUGUCGAAACGGCCGUGUGGUGGAUGGAGUACAUCAUGAGAAAUAAGGAGGAUGCGAGUGUCCUUCGUCCUUUGGCCGUGACGCAGUGGUGGUUCCAGCGUCGAUCAUUAGAUGUGUGGGCUUUUAUUUUUUCAGUCAUAGUGUUAAGCUUUGUUUUAUCCAUUCUUGUGUUUAAAAAAUUAUUGUCAUGUUGUUGCGGAAAGAAGGAAGCCAAAACUAAGAUAAAAACAAAAUCCAAGAAACAGUAAAAAAAAAUACCUUGUUAAAUUCCCCUUCUGAAAAAAAAGAGGGAAUCACAAUUUAUGGCAGUUAAAAAAUUAUUGAUCAGAGUUAUAUCAUGUUUUAAAAUUCUCAUUGUUAUUGUCUGAUUUGUUAUUUCGGGUAAACACAGUAUUAGAAAAAUCAAUAAACAGAGUAUGUAUUUAUGUAUAUACCAAA